AUGACUGCAUUUUUGCUCACUAUUUUGCAAGAAUGUAAAUGUAGUUAUGUAAAUUCAACUUGUGCUCGGCUAAAUGCGAAAUCAUUUUUGGAAAUGCAGUACGAAUCCAUAAAUGAUUCAUAUAUCAUGGCAUUAACUGCUUACGCUCUUGCAGUAACAAAUAGUCAGAAAAAGCAGCGAGCAAACGAAAAACUUAUAGGAAUGUCAGCUUAUGAUGAAGAAUUAAAUCAAAGGUAUUGGGAUAAAUCUUCAAUAUCUAAAUCGAUAGAAAUCUCUGCUUAUGGCCUUUUAACUCAAUUGCAAUUGGAAAAUAUGUCAACAUCUCUUUCAAUUGUCAAUUGGAUGAAUAAACAACGUCUUGAUGGAGGCUACUUUCCUUCUAGUCAGGCUACACUGGCACUACAAGCAUUAUCACAAUACGUCAUAAAAUCGAAAUUCACAAAUAUAUCAUUAACGUGCAACGUUUCGACCAACCACGAUAAAGGCGCGGUGAGAACAAUACAUAUUAACAAUGAAAAUGGUUUAAUCCUUCAACGAAUGGAGCUCGAUAAAUUAGAUGGUAUGUUAUACUUGAACGUGAGUGGAAGGGGAAUUGGAUUAUUAUCAGUAAAAUUAAGAUAUAAUGUAGCAGAAGAUCAGAAAGAGACAUGUCUACUCGAUAAAUUAGAUGGUAUGUUAUACUUGAACGUGAGUGGAAGGGGAAUUGGAUUAUUAUCAGUAAAAUUAAGAUAUAAUGUAGCAGAAGAUCAGAAAGAGACAUGUCUAUUCGAAACUACUGUACAUGUUUCUGAAGUAAACAAUCACUUUUCAACGGAAAAAAAUAAUCCUUAUUGUAAAAAAGAAUGUGGAGAAGUCAUAAAUGUACACGAAUUUCAUUUCGUCAACAGUCCUCAUUCGGUCAAUCCUCAAAGUAAACUUAUUUUUGAAGUUGAAAUAUGUAGCAGAUAUCUUUCUACUGAAGAUUCAAACAUGACUAUUAUUGAGGCUGGAAUAUUCACUGGAUUCAGUCCAAUUAAAGGAGAUUUAAAUAAUAUCGUUAAUGAUCACAAAAGUCCUGUUGACAGAUAUGAAAUUAAAGAUAGAAAAAUUAUAUUCUAUUUGGAUCAUAUUUCACAUAAAUUGCCAAUUUGUAUUAUCUUCCGUGUGAUAAGAGAUCAUAUUGUUGGAAAUAUGCAGUCCAGUGUUGUCAAAGUUUACGAUUUCAGUAAUGAUCAACAAUGUAUUGUAUUUUACAGUCCUGGCAGUUACAGUUCAUUACUUUCGAAUUUUUGCAAAAGAUAUCAAUGUGUCUGUNAACUAGCAAUUACACUAAAGAAUAAACACACAUAUCAGUCUCUCUCUGUCACAAACACCGACAAUGGAUACAACCAACAUAAAAAUUUCAAAUGUGUUGUCCUGCUAAGUGUCAGAUUACUGCAUGCAUGGGACUGA